GAGUGAAUUUUAACUCUUAGAAGAGGAGCGAAGUUUCGUUCGUAGCUUCUUGUGUGUAUAAAGAAAAGAAUUGAUUUUUUUGUUAUUAUACUUUGGAAGUAUUUCAAAUAUUUAUAAUUAUUGUACAUAUUUGGUGCACCAGCCAUACACAGCACGAUGGGCGCUGCUUUUUUUCCGCUACUAGUAUUUACUGCGUUAUGGGGAACUGUAGGCAUUGGUUUGCCACUGAUGACACCUAAAGGACCGAAUCAGAAUCUUAUACGAUGCAUUCUAAUGAUAACAGGAGCUACUUGCUGGUUAUUUUGGUUAUGCUGUUAUAUGGCGCAGAUGAACCCACUAAUUGGUCCUAAAUUAAAUCAACAUACAAUUUACAUGAUAGCCAGAGAAUGGGGUAACGAACUUGGAAAGGAUUAACUGUUAGCGAAGCCUUACUUCAAUAUAAUCUGUCACAUAUAUAAAAGGGAUUCUGUGUAAAAGUGUAAAAGUUAGUAAAAAGA